AUGGAGAGGCCUCAAAUCAUUUAUGCCCUCAUCAUUCGAGGUCAACGUGUAGUGCUGGCCGAGUACACAGCGCUGGCUGGAAACUUUCAGCAGGCCACCAUCCAAAUCCUGCAGAAAUUGGAGAGCACUUCCGAGUGGAAGAGUUACAUUUACGGUGAGUAUGCCUUUCACUACAUAGUGGACCAGACGAAAAACCUCUGGUUCGUGUGCAUGGCCGAGCGGCUCCUGGGCCGCCGCAUCCCGUUUGGGUUUCUGCAAGCAGUUCAGGACAGCUUCGGGGAGAGUUAUAGCGAAUCAGCUGUGGAGAGCGCGAUCGCCUAUGGGAUGCAGAGCGACUUCCGGGAGCGGCUGAAGCUUUUGAUGGAGAAAUUCAACUCCCCCGACGUGGACCGCGUGGCGAACAUGAUGGCCAAGGUGCAGCACAUCAACGACCACCUCAUGGACAGCAUCGAUAAGAUCCUGGAGCGCCAGGAGAAGAUCGACCUGCUCGUGCACCGCAGCGAGGUCCUCUCGGCGGCUGCGAGCAGCUUCCGGCGCGAUGCAGAGCACCUGCGGAGACAUGUCUGGUGGCAGAACUUCCGGGCCAUGGCUUUGGUGGCCUUCGUCCUUCUCGCAGCUGUCCUGGUGGUGCUGCUGGCCUCAUGCGGCUUCUCCUUCCACUGCUGA